AUGAAAAGGUGCGUAGGAGAGACUGAGAGAGGACAGAGAUUGGAUGGAGAGAGGAGGAUAGUGCGAAGUGCGACUACGAAAGGAGUGGAUGGAGGGUUGGAGAACGUUGCGCGGUGGUGUGGCGGUGCGGUGAUGCAGAGACAGUCUCUUUUGGGAGGAGAUGGUGGAGCUCUUGGUGCAACCGGGGAGCCAACUCAGCAAGAUGGGUUUGGAGUAUUGGAUGAUGGUGGAAGCACCGUUGGAGGUGAUAGGCCUAGUGCAUCAGAGGAUGGUGAAGACACAGGCACUGAUGGGGGUGACGGUGUUGGUUCUGUUGAAGGCGAUGGUGCUGGAGCAUCAGACGAUGGUGGAGGCAUAGACACCGAUGGUGCUGGAGACACUGGCUCGAAUGAUGAUGGAGGCACAGACACCUAUGAUGCUAGAGACAAACGAAAACUAAAUACAAUUUCAUUUUUGUUUUGUGAGUGUGAUCACCAAAUAAUCUCUUUAGUUUUAGAUAGUGGAGGCACUGUUGGUGGCAAUGAGGCUGGAACAUCAGAUGAUGGUGAAGACACGGGCAUCAAUGGUGCAUCUGAUGAUGGUGCUGGAGACACUGACUCCAUUGGAGACGAUGGUGCUGAAGUAUCAGACGAUGGUGGAUGCAAAGGCACUGAUGGUGCUGGAGGCACUGGUUCGGUUGGAGACGAUGGUGGUGCUGGAGCAUGGGACGAUGGUGGUGCUGGAGACACCACUAUGGGAGGCGAUGGAGUUGGAGCGUUGGAAGAUAGUGGCGGAGGCAACUUAGUCGGAUUGGUAGGAGAGGUGGGGGUUAUAGGCGAAGGCAGAGUAUUAAGGUUUUGA